AUGGCACCCGUUUCAUUGCCUCCAGGCUUCCGUUUUCAUCCCACCGAUGAAGAGCUUGUCGCUUACUAUCUCAAGAGGAAAAUCAAUGGGCGUAAAAUCGAACUGGAAGUUAUCCCUGAAGUUGAUCUCUACAAGUGCGAACCCUGGGAUUUACCAGGGAAGUCGCUAUUGCCAAGCAAAGAUCUAGAGUGGUACUUCUUUAGUCCCAGAGAUCGUAAAUACCCAAAUGGAUCAAGGACAAACCGAGCGACCAAAGGUGGGUAUUGGAAGGCAACGGGAAAGGACAGGAAUGUGAACUCCCAAUCACGAGCAGUGGGAAUGAAGAAAACCCUAGUUUACUACAGAGGGAGAGCACCACAUGGUGCUCGUAGCGAUUGGGUCAUGCACGAGUACCGCCUUGAUGAGAGAGAAUGUGAAAGUGAAUCUGGCCUCAAGUUGCAGGAUGCUUAUUCGCUUUGCCGGGUGUUUAAGAAGAGUUUGAAUGCUCCAAAGACGACAGUCGGGGUACAUUAUGCUGCAACUGCCAGUGAUCACUCAUCAAGUAUGGACCUUUAUUCAGAGGGGGGAAGAGGUGGUGAAGAUAUCGAGACUUGUAAUUAUCCAACACCAAUAGCUUCAUCUUCAUCUAAUAUCAACCAUGGAUCUCCACAUAAUUUGAGUGAAACAAGUGAUGGCAGAUGGAUGCAGUACUUAUCAGAAGAAGCAUUCGCUUUCCCAAAUCCAUCAUUCGUGAACUACGGGAAUGUCACUUAUCCCCCAUCCAAGGUUGAUAUAGCAUUAGAAUGUGCAAGGCUGCAACAAAGGUUGUCAAUGCCUCCAUUGCAGGUACAAGACCUCCCACAGCAGGGAGCUACUAGCUAUGUGGAUUUGAUGAAUAUUCCCCAGACAAGCAGCAGCAUGCGAGAAAUGGCAACUGCAAACGGCCCUCAGCAGGACAUAUUGCAGGAAAUCCUUUCGGUUGCACAAGUUUCUCAGGAUCUCAUCAAUCAGAACACUUGGGGUGGAGGUUAUUCCGGUCAUCAUGAAGAUGAUUUCUCGUUUCUGGCUAACAAUAACAGCAACAAUCAAAUGCAAGAUAUGGACACCUUUAGGUUCAUGGGUGAUGAACAGAAUAUGAGGUCCAUUGAAGUUGGUGGUGUCAAUGAGCAGCUCGGAACUGAUAGAAUGGUUGAAAAUUUGAGAUGGGUUGGCAUGUCUAACAAAGACCAUGAGAUGACUUUUUGGGACGAUUACAAGACUGUUCCAGUUGAAAGUGUACCAAGUUUUCAGAGGGAGGAGAAUGAGGUUCAAGGAGAAAGCAGCCAUCACAACAACUUCGAAAGCACAGAAGAUCACUUCUCACUUGGAUUCACCACCGAAGAUAACAACAACUCAAACGACAACUUCUUAGAUGAAGGCGAUUUGGACGACUUUACAACAACUCCAAGCUUUGAAAUUUACGAGAAAACAAAAGUCAGUCACGGGUUGAUUGUUUCGACCCGACAGGUUUCAGAAACCUUCUUUCACCAAAUCGUGCCUUCCCAAACGGUCAAGGUCCAACUGAACCCGGGAAUGAUACAUGAUCAGACAGUAGCGAAACCAGACGGCCAGACAAGGCUUAACAAGAAAGUUUUAUAUGAUAAGUUCAAAAUAUAUGCGGAUUCUAAGCCAUUGGAGGGGACAACCAAGAAAACAAUGAGCCCUUUUGUCAACUUAGUUUCCCUUCUGUUGAUAUGUUGCUUUUAUCUUGAAGAAUCAACAGAAGAGGACGGUGAUAUGAAGUUCAAAUAUGAAGUUGGUUCACCAGCUGGGAACAACAACGAAAUGAGGGAUCAUGAAGAGGAGGAAAAGAAUGAAGGAUGGAGCAUUUCAAGUGUGGUUUUGGAGAAGGUGAUAUGGCCAUGCGUGACCUUGGCUUUGGCAUUUUCAACCAUCUGGGUACAUCAUAAUUACUAAUUAUAAGGUUUU